GCCCGAAUUCAUCUAAUAGACGCCUAGUAGCAAUGGAAAACUUGCAGCCCCAAGCCCCGCACCACGCCCAACUCUUUGUCGUACUCUAUCCACUUCCCUUUCAGGUCCGCCUUGUAUCGCUUCAACCUCCCAACUCCGUGGCCUAAGUACGCUCCUGGCUCUCGUCCACCACAGCGCAUUCGCAAGUAUGCAUCAGCCACUCACAGAGUUCGUCCUGGAGGAGGAACAUUACGGCAAAGAGGAUGGUGAGGAGGACUCCAAGAGCUCUAAGGCUCUUGGCGGGGCCGACGAGGAAGUACGUGAGUGCAAGGAGCAGCAAGCUGAGGAGCAUCGUUCGAAGUUGGAGGUAAAACCUCUAUGUUGUAUGGUUGGUGCUGGUGGUUGAGACUGGCCUUGAAAUUUCGGCAAAGUGACUCUUGGGAUGUGGAUGCAGAAAACAAGUCUGUAUCAGCUUGUUGACGCACUUUUAUAAGAGUGACAUCAGGGUUUGUUUGCCCGGGGCAUGUGGGCAAGUUCUGUGCCUUCGCUUUGAGUCAAUUCGAUUGAUCUAGAUUAGACAAUCAGUUGAACGAAGGAGCGCCGCUGACCCCAAACCUCGAUUUCCACACAACAAGCGCCAUUUUUUCCAUAUAUGUGUUACCUGGGAACACCGACUAUCUCCUCUUCUAUCUUUCCCGUCGGUAUCGAGUGUAGAUCAUGCUUCUAUGGUUGUUGCUGAGCCGCC